AUGAAUAAAGAGACUAUCCGAAAUUUAAAUUUUUAUUGUAUUUAUACACGAAAUCAUACUGAAAGUGGAACACUACAAGGUGUUAUUGAUGAUUUACCACGAAUUGCUCGAUUGGGAAUAGAUUUUAUUUGGCUUCUUCCAAUAAAUCCAAUUGGAUUGACAAAUCGCAAAGGUACACUUGGUUCUCCAUAUUCAAUAAAUAAUUUUCGUGAAAUAAAUCCUGAACAUGGAAAUCUCGAUGAUUUUCGACAUCUUGUUUCUGAAGUUCAUCGUCAAGGAAUGCGUUUAAUGCUUGAUAUUGUCUUUCGACAUACUAGUCGUGAUUGUCCUUGGGUUAAACAACAUCCUGAAUGGUACUUAAAAGAUGAUAAAGGUAAUCCUAUAGCUAUUGUUCCUGAAUGGACAGAUAUAUUAGAUUUAAAAUUUGAUGGAAAUGAAACAACAUUAUGGAUUGAAUUAAUUGAUAUAUUAAAAUAUUGGUGUCAAUUAGGUGUUGAUGGAUUUCGAAUGGAUGUUGCAUCAAGUGUAACAAUGAAAUUCUGGCGUCAAGCUCGGUAUGAAAUAUCAAGUUCAUAUCCAAACUGUGUUUGGUUAGCUGAAUCUACUCGAUUACCUUAUAUUGAAAGACAUCGUGCAAAACAUGAAAUAGUUAAUACUGAUUCAUCACUAUAUGAAGCAUUUGAUAUCUGUUAUGAUUAUGAUGUAUAUGGAGCAUGGCGUGCAGCAAUAGCAGGAGCCAUUCCAAUAAAAUCUUAUCUUGAAAUGAUUCGAUUGCAAACUACAAUUUAUCCGAGUGAUUUUAUUAAAUUAAGAUUUGUUGAAAAUCAUGAUCAACACCGAGUUGCAUAUAUUUUUCGAGAUAAUCGAUUAAAAGCACUUGCUUGGACAGCAUUUAAUGCAUUUAAUAAAGGUUGUUUUUUGGUUCAUGCAGGUCAAGAAACUGAACAAACAAAAACAUCAUCAUUAUUUGAAAAGGAUUGGAUUGAUUGCAAAAAUAUUUAUCCAUUAGAAGAUUUUAUACGUCAAUUAAUUCAAAUUAAAAAAAAUUCAAUUAUACAAUCAAAUGAUGCAAAUUUGACAAUAACUCAUCACAGUCCAUGUAUUGUUGCCGUAUGGCAAACAGAAUCAGAUCGACAAGGUCUUAUAGGUGUUUUUAACGUUUUACAAAGCAAUACAGAUAACAACUAUAUUCAAUUUGAUAAUUUACCUGAUGGAAAAUAUCAAAAUUUAUUGUCUAAUAAAGAAAUAUCUCCAUGUGAAUCUUCAAUAGUAACAGUGUCGGAUAAUGGAAAAAUUCCUGUUCCAUCGGUGGCAGUUGUUCUUCAUUAUUCCGGUUUUCUUCUUCAACCAAAAAUGUUUUAUAGUGAAUUGUUCGAUUUUGAUUACAAAGGAAUGUAA